UAGCGUUUUGUCGUCGAGAAGGUAAUUUAGCAUUGUUAGCUCGACAAGCUACAUUCAUUACGCUCACCUUUUCCUUUAGUUAGAUUUUCACGUCAUAAAUGUACAAAAUGAAGACCGAAGACCAAGUUGUGGAAGAUGAUGCCGCCUUCCAAGAUGAUGAGGAGUCCUUUUUCCUAGACAUCAACCUUCUUCAGAAAUACGGAAUUAACAUGGCUGAUAUCAAAAAGCUGAAGUCAGUGGGCAUCUGCACAGUAAAGCGAAUCCAGAUGACCACCCGCAAGGCACUGUGCAACGUCAAGGGCAUGUCGGAAGCAAAAGUGGAAAAAAUCAAGGAAGCAGCUGGGAAAUUGCUGAAUAUUGGCUUCCAGACAGCCUACCAGUACAGCAACAGGAGAAAGCAGGUGUUCCACAUCACAACUGGGAGCCAAGAGUUUGAUAAACUCCUGGGUGGUGGGAUAGAGAGCAUGUCCAUCACAGAAGCAUUUGGAGUGACCACUCAGCUCCCAGGAGCAGAUGGCUACUCUGGUGGGAAGGUCAUCUUCAUCGAUACAGAGAACACUUUCCAUCCCGACCGACUGAGAGACAUCGCUGACAGAUUCAAUGUGGACCAUGAUACUACUCUGGACAAUGUGCUUUAUGCCCGAGCUUAUACAAGUGAACACCAGAUGGAGAUGUUAGACUUUGUCGCAGCUAAAUUCCACGAGGACUGGGGUGUCUUCAAACUUUUGAUCAUCGACUCCAUCAUGGCUCUGUUCCGAGUGGACUUCUGUGGUCGAGGAGAGCUGGCGGAGCGACAGCAAAAACUGGCUCAGAUGCUGUCCAAACUUCAGAAGAUCUCUGAAGAGUUUAAUGUAGCUGUGUUUGUGACCAACCAAAUGACGGCUGACCCAGGGGCUGGAUUAAGCUUCCAGGCUGAUCCCAAAAAGCCUUUCGGAGGUCACAUCAUGGCACAUGCCUCCACCACUAGGCUAAGCUUAAGGAAAGGUCGUGGAGAUUUGAGGAUUGUCAAAAUAUUCGACAGCCCUGACCUGCCUGAGAGCGAGACAACGUUCUCCAUCACGGCUGGCGGAAUAAGCGAUGCCAAAGAGUGACUAUGAAGCCGCACAGUUGUUCGUUUCCAUUCAGUUCGUUGGCUUCCUGAUGUUGUGCCAGUUUAAGGCAAUGUUUAUUUAUUCUAUUUAUACUUUUUAUGGUUCAUGACAUUUAAUACACAUUGUAUUGACUAGAUUGUGCACAUUGCUAUUUCUCCACCUUCAAGAGAAAACGUUUUAAACCUGAUGACCUUUUACUU